CCUUACGCUUGUAUUGUGGAAGUGUUGUAGAAUCACAUACAUUUUUAACCGUGUACGUUAUGCAGUUAAUAGAUGGGUCAGUCGAUCAGGAAAUAUUUGUUUGCUUGUUAGUAUUCACCGACUCCUGAGAAGCAAAAGUUUCGGAAAAUGUUGCUUGUUGCCGUAAUACUUGUGCUACUACCAGUAAGCUUCGCAGAUCGAGAUGAUCAUAUACCUUUUGGACCAUGGUAUCCAGCCACAGAAGGCGAACCUUGGCCCCUACCCUGGAGCAGAGUUCUCGGCAAUAAUUACCUAAUUUUGCAUCCAAACAGUUUUACCAUUGAAACAGCAGACACCGAAUGUCCUAUUUUGAAGGAAGCUAUUGAUAGAUACACAUCAAUCAUAUUGAAAGAAUCGAAAGCUGCUGCCCGUUUCUCGCAAAAAAAUGAAAAAUCUGAUCGUCAAAUUGAAGCUAGCUUAACUGGAAUGUUAAUUCAAAUAUUAAAAAGUUGUGAAACACAACCGUAUUUUGAAAUGGACGAGUCAUAUGAUUUAUUAAUCCCCGAGAUAUCAGACGUAGCUACUUUAAAAGCCAACACAGUAUGGGGUGCUCUUCGAGGUCUUGAAACUUUCACACAUUUACUUUCACCUUCAGGAGAUGGAGCGAAUUUGAAACUGGUAUCCCAAAAAAUCCAAGACAAGCCACGAUUGCCACAUAGAGGACUUCUUCUUGAUACAUCACGUCAUUUUAUUCCAGUAAAAGAUAUUAUUCUAACCUUGGACGCCAUGUCUUAUAACAAAUUUAAUGUUCUACAUUGGCAUAUUGUAGAUGACAAUAGUUUUCCUUAUGAAAGUUUAGUCUUCCCCGAACUUUCAGCGAAGGGAGCUUAUCAUCCGUCCAUGGUCUACAGUAGAAAAGAUGUUCAGAGGGUCAUUGAAUAUGCACGCCUGAGAGGCAUUCGUGUUAUUCCAGAAUUCGAUACUCCUGGACAUACUGCUUCCUGGGGCAAAGGUUAUCCGAAUUUGCUCACCAAAUGCUACGAUGAAAAUGGUAAAUUGAAUGGCACUGGUCCUUUGGAUCCCACAAAUCCGAAGGUGUAUACAUUUUUGGAACGGUUGUAUGAGGAAGUUGUUCAAGUUUUUCCAGAUAAAUAUUUGCACCUCGGAGGAGACGAAGUGCCAUUUGAUUGUUGGAAAAGUAAUCCUAAUAUCCUCAAUUUCAUGCAGGAGCAUAACAUCACUGAUGAUUUCACUGCAAUCGAAAAUAUAUAUAUUAAUAAACUUCUGAACAUCACGAAUAAUCUCAACACGAAACCUAUUGUCUGGCAAGAGGUGUUCGAAAACGGAGUGAAAAUUCAGCCAGGGACACUAGUGCACAUUUGGCUAGGAAAAUGGGAGGAUAAAGUUAUUAAAGUCACGGAAGCUGGAUUUCCGGUAUUACUUUCCACUUGUUGGUACCUCGAUCACAUUGCAGGUGAUGGAGACUGGGAAAAAUUUUAUAAUUGUGAUCCUCUUUCCUUUGACGGAUCUGAUGACCAAAAGAAACUUAUGAUAGGUGGUGCAGCCUGCAUGUGGUCCGAAUUUGUUGACAGAAACAACUUGCAUCAAAGAAUUUGGCCCCGGGCGAGUGCAGUUGCUGAGAGACUGUGGAGUAUUGACGAUCAACCUCUGAACGAUGUCUCCAGGCGCCUAGAAGAGCACGCCUGUCGUAUGAACAAGCGUGGUGUGCCUGCUCAACCUUCCACUGGACCUGGUUUUUGCAUCCAAUCUGAGGAGAUUCGUGUCUACAUUCCCGAAGGUUCAAGUGGAAAUAAUAUUAGACAUUUGAGACUACAGCUUCCUUCCAAAUUUAAAGGUCGUUCUAACAAACUCCAAUCCAGCGAAAAACCUCUCGCAGUUCUGGCACCAGUCAUUUCGAAGCGUAACUUAAGAACUAUAUUCACGGAUACCGAUAAAACCAUGACAAACACUAACGAGAAAAAUUAUCCAAAAACUAAAUUUACUGCUCGAGAUAAGUCAAGAGAUGUUCGGCCACCUUCCCCAAGGUUAAAAACAUUCCCGGCUGAGAAAAUUAAGAAAAUAGAUGGUAAUACUUUAUUGCAACAACCCAUAAUACCUCAACUAAAUUAUAAUGAACCAUUUCGUGCACCUUCUCCGGAACAAAAUAUCGGUUACGGAGAUGCCCUAGCCACAUCUGAACAAAUUCAAAUUACACCACGCCAUCAGCCCCAGAAUUCUUCAUUAAGUCAACAAAAUGUACCUAAAACUUAUAGGGUUGGAAAUUCUAACCAAUCGGAAGGUGUCCUACCUGCGCAAAGGCCUGAAGCAUUAGGUGGACGAUCUCGUCGACCAUUUGUGGCAAAGAUACUCAAUGGAGCCACAAUUCGAGAAGUAUCACCUAAAAAACAAAUCACACCGAGGUCAAUUGUCUCUCAUAUGCCCACAGCUGAUUUCGCGGGAGCAUCAAAUCAAGAGCAAAAUAAUUUCAAAAUGAAGGAACAAGCAUCCGUGAAACCUCAACAGAAUCUGAAGCAGGAAUCUCCUCAGCCCAGUUCCGAAAUUCUAGAAUCGGAUUACGAAAAACAGCCAAUUGGUGGACGUGUUGCUGCCCUUCUCCGGCAAAGAAUUUCGGAACAGACACAAGUUUCACAGAAACCAAUUUUACAGAACCAAAUGGUUCAGAAGCAAACUCCACGAGAUAUUCAACAAAAGCAAAUGCAGCAUUAUCAAAUUCAACAUCCAAUUAAUACCGUUCCACAACAGCAAAUUCCACAGGAACAGAUUCAGCACUUAUUCCACAAUUUUCACCCAGUAUCUCAUGAUGGUGUUCUAGUAGGGCCACAACCAGCUCCAACAAGCCAAAGUAUCAGACAACAAAUGCCGCCAAGUCCUCAACAGGUUUAUCAACAGUUACAGAAAAAUGCAGCUCAUCAGCAAUACAUGCAACAGGAAGCCAUGGCCCGCCAGGAACAAAUAAUGAUGAACCAAAUGCAGCAUAGAGCGUACUAUGAUUACUACUAUCAGCAGCAUCCGCAGAAGAAGGAAGAGUCAAAAAGUCCGAAAAUGACGUCACCACAUGAUCUAUCUAUGUAUCAAGAUAUAAAUCAUAAUGUUUAUCACAUAGCAGAUAAAAAUCAGGAACCCCAUCAAAAUUCAAUUCUAAGUAGUAAGGACGAUUCCAAUGCACGGACACAACUCAAUCCAUUUGCUUCAAGUUUGAUAAAUCCACAUGAAAAACAGCCGCAAUCUUAUUUUAAAAAUUCACAGUGUCAGCAAACACUUCAAAUUAAUCAUGCUACACACAACACACCAAAUAAUUCGCAAAGCAAUCAAAAUAUUUUUCAAACCAAUCACUGCUUACAAAGUAAUUCAAAUGAUCAUAAAAUAAGGUACACAUCCCACAAACAGAUAGAUAUAGUAGAUAAACAACAGAAAUCUUCAGAAAGGAAGAAAGUUUAUUAUUUUACACCGCAGAUGAUGAAGGAUCAAGAACAACUAAUAGCUACCAUGCAACAGCAAAGUAUUCCUGAAGAUGUGUUGCAACGGCAAUUUCAGCUAUUGCUCAAUGAGCAGAAAAAGCAGCUUGCUUAUUUAGAACUUGUAACUCAAAGUGAAGGUGGAACCGAUAAAUCGCCUGCACAUCGUAUUUCAAAGAAAAUAACCAAAAUUGAAAUUGACGAAAAGCCAGAGUGGAUGGCUCACAUAACACCUCCACGGAUACCAUACAGUGAUUUGGAAAAGUUAAAAACUUAUCCGUUACGUGUGCAACAGAACAAUCAAGAUUGUGUGCAAGAAGAGCAUCACAAUAAGAUUCAGACAGAUCAGCACCAGUAUCAUCAGUAUCAGUCUCCAGAUCAGCAGAAACAAUUUCAACAUAAUCCGCAACAGACUGCACAUCAACAGCAGCUUGCUCAUCAACAAUAUCAAAUACAACUUCAGCAACAGCAGAAUAGUUAUCAAAUUCCUAUGCAACAAAGACAGGUAAAACUGCAAGAGAACCUGAUGCAACCUCAGCAAAAUCCGUACCAGACAUGCCCGUAUCAGAUGACGGAGGAGCAAAGCAGGUCAGGUCUACCUACAUUUUCAAACUUCUAUCAUCCAUAUGAAAGAACACGCUUAAUUUCAAACCCUUAUUCAAAUAACGAUUCUCAUAAUCAACUUCAUCAAUACUUGCAAUACAACUAUUCUAAUCAAUAUUAUCAACAAUCCAAUCCUCAGUUCCAAGUGCAACAUUAUCAAAAUUGGCAGCAAUCAUCAAAUCAAACAACUAAUACUAAACCAGAACUUAAAAAUGUAAAUAAUAUUGAACCUUCCAGUUUGUUACAAUUACGACUCUAUAAAGAGGUAAUUCAACCCCAGAAACGCAACAACGGUCUGCAGGACCCAGAAACUGUGCGAGAAGCUUUAGAGGCUUUAAAGAACGAAGAGACCAAAAAAGGCUUAGAGUACGUGGCAAACUUAAAUAAAAAGGAGGCAGUUAUUCGACUGAAUGGGACGCAGGAUUCAGGUGAAAUGCCAGAAAAUUUUUUGCAGAGGGCUCCAGAAAGUUUUCAAGAGAUGCCUAAACAAGUUUCUGCUAAUGGGUUAGAAAAUAAAAGAAAUUCUAAUAAUCCUUUACCACCACCAGUUGUAAGGAUAAGACACAUAGAAGGUCCAAAUUUUGAAUUUCCUCGUACCAAGAAUUCCUAUAGAAUUUCAAAUUACACACAAGUAGCUGAGAGAGAAAAUGGCAGUGUUGCCCCUAUUUUACAUUCUCAUCAACAUCCGCAGGUUGAUUUUACUUAUGAUCAGACCUCUCCAGUUAAUUUAUCAGUAGCGCAAAAUUUAAAAAAUAAUCAGCAGCUCCAACAGUUCAACCAGAAUAGACAAAUGACAAGCGAUGCAAAAGGGAAUACUGUUGUUCCUGAGUUUAGAGAGAUUUCUGGAAAUGAAUGUACAAGCCAACGUGUAGAUGAUCAGCAAACCAAAACAUGUUUGCAGGAACAUGGAGGAAUAGUUAUGGGAUCAACAGGUAUUCAAGAGCCAAUCAUUAUUGGAGGUAUAACUUAUUUCGUAAGGAAGCCAAGUUAUAUCCACAAUGUUCAAGCUUCUGCAGCAUCUUGUAAUAGAAAUAACCCUAAUGUUCCAAAUAUCUCUUAACUUUUCAAUACUGUAAUUAUUCUGUACUACAGACGCGUCUGGUGUUACAAUUUCUUUGAUUGGAACAUCUCUUUUAUAAAGCAGCGUUUUUGAGUUAUUUAUUAUGUACACUAUAUUUUGUGACUGAUCUUUUUUAAAUAAGAGGGGAUCAUUUUUAGAUUGAAUAAAAAAACUUGCAUAUUGAA